AUGGCGCGAUCAAAACAAUAUGGCGUCCGAUGUCACGUUGCUGGCAAUGAAUUUUAUUCGAAUUUUCGUUAUUUAUACAUUUGCAACUUUUAUUGUUUUUUGUCGUAAGUAAUCCAUUUAAUUUACUUUGGGUAUGUCAUACUUAUGGCUUUAUUAUUUUACGAUGAUAGACACAGGAGGUGAUUUACACCUAGAAUCUGUUUCAACUGGUGAUACCAGUGCUGGAACUGUAAAUUAUUAUUUUGAAUUGACUGAUCCUCCAGAAAUAGGAUAUAUGUAUAAGAUUAGACAAGCAAGGGACUUUGGAGCCUCAUUAAAUGAAACUUUAUUAAAUGUUGAGCUAAUACCUUCAAACCCUAUCCACGGCUGUUCCAAGUUGGAAAAUGUGCGCUAUGUAAAAAAAAAUAUAGCUUUAGUGGAAAGAGGAGGUUGCUCGUUUCUCUCAAAAACUAUUAACGCUGAGAUGGCUGGAGCUGUUGCAGUAAUUAUUAUGGAUAAUGACCAUUCGAACUACGAUCGUUUUAUUGAUAUGAUUCAAGAUGAGACUAACCGCAGAACUAUGCUUCCGGCAUACUUUCUAUUAGGAAAAGAUGGGAUUAUUAUUAGAAGAACGUUAGAACAAAAGCAUUUACACGGUGCUUUGAUCAACAUUCCGUUAAAUCUUUCAUUAGUGCCUUUGCAUAAACGGAGGCUUCCACCAUGGACUAUAUGGUGA